AUGUUAGCUCAUAACUCAGCAUCGAGACGUCAGUUACCACAUCAUCCACAACAACCUUCUUAUAAUCAGCACGGUUCCAUAUUUAAUCCUUCUUUACCACCACAACUACCACAACUACCACAACUAUCACAAUCACAAUCUCAAUUUCAAUCUCAAUCUCAAUCUUCUUCAACACUCACACCACACUCCGCUUCUACCACAAAUAAUCUUCCAAAUAACAACACCUUUGAUUUUGACGGCGAUCAAAUUCUAUUCGAUAUCCAACAACCCUUAUCAUUCUCAUCAAAUCGAUUUCAGCAACAGACCCCAUUACGAACUGCCGACUAUUCUUCGGAUAGAAUCUUUCAAUUACCAUCUCAUAUGCAACAACCUGGUCAAUCGAAUAGUUUGAUGUCUAACGGACAAUUGACACCUACUUCGACUUACAGACAGAAUCACCAUCGAGAAUCGUCACUCUCGUCAUUUGGAUCUCCCGCCGCUCCAGCUUCACCUUACGCACCAUCCACUUUGAAUCCUCAAGUAGCUGGCGAGUCGUAUCAUGAUUUUCAGGACUUUCAUCCAACCGCAUCGAAAACCCUGACACCAGCACAUACACCAUUACAAGAAAACUUCUUCUCGUCUCAGUACACACAUCCAAACCAAUAUCAAAAUCAGAACAAUCUUCCCUUCACAAUGCUUAAUGACAGCCUACCAAGAUUGUCGGGUAACGAGCUGAUGUCGGCACCAGAGAUUUAUCAUAGUCAAGGGUCGAGUAGGCCGUCGCUAAACACAGCGGCGAGUAAUGACUCACCCUCGACGCCACCGGCCUAUGAGGAUGAAAGACAACAGUUCGGUAUGACUUCUAGUGUGGAUUCCUGGUUGAACGAAUACUUACUUUCAUCCGAUUUCAAAGCUUCUCACAGAACAUCUCCUCAUCAAAUGCCAAAACUCGAUCGCACGAUGACGGAUGCUUAUAACGACGAGCUAUUCAACCCCAACAUAUCCAUGAUCUCCGCUCCUUCCACAACUCCUACUUCAACUCAAACAACCUCGAAUCUAAGUAACGAUAUAUUCACGCAAAGGUUGCAAGCAGCCAACAAUGGACACCUGAGCACUCAACGAGAAGCCUUAGUCUUGUCUCCUCGCGAACGUUCACCUUUUCAGCCAGGCUCACCGUUAGCUCCUACCCCAGGAGGGUACAACCCCCACAAUAUGGGAUUUGGAACUGCAAAGCACAUGCGAGAACAACAAAAGGCCAAGGACGAUGCGUUAGCUAUGCAGGUACAAUACGAGAGGAGUAAUCCAGGGCAAGUCACUCCAAAAACGAUUUCGCCAAGGGAUGUCAACUUGGUGUACAACGAAACUGAGGAGGAUGCAAAAAACCCAUUAUUUCCACCACCACGACCUACACAAUCAAAAGCGGGUUAUCGUCAACAGCCAUCGAUUGAUCCAGAGCCAUCUGAGUCGGAAGAUCUGUCAUUAUCACAACAAAGCUAUGCUAGUAUGGCUACCACUCGACGAGAAAGCUCAUCGGCAAUUUCUACAACCUCGCAAAACACCCCAACACAGUCUCAGUUUAAAUCGUCGAGUCCUAUCAUUCCACGAGACAAUCUUCGACAAGUGCCACAACAUUACCCAUUCGUUCCAUCUACGCAAAGACAAGCAAGUAAUAUUUCCAACAUGUCGAACACAUCGAACAUUUCCAAUGACUUUACACCAACCUUAGGAUCGAUGGAGUCUAGCAGCAGUGAUUAUUCACCUGAUCAAGAAAUCGAAAGACCAGGCGAUACAUUAGCAGGUAGUGGAACAUACACAUGCACAUAUCAUGGAUGUUCACAAAGGUUCGAGACACCCCCCAAACUCCAAAGACACAAGCGGGAUGUGCACCGGAACUCGACAUCCUUGAUCAACAACAUGGGUGGGGAAACUCGGGGUGCAAUGACAUCAAUGGCGCAAAAGUUAAACAGUCAAAGUGGGCCUCACAAAUGCGAACGGAUCAACCCGUCAACAAAUAAACCCUGCAAUACUAUCUUCUCUCGUCCAUAUGAUCUUACACGACAUGAAGAUACAAUUCACAAUGCAGGCAAGCAAAAGUUGCGAUGUAAAUACUGUACGGAAGAAAAGACAUUUAGUCGAAAUGAUGCUCUUACUCGACAUCUCAGAGUGGUGCAUCCCGAGAUUCCAGCGACUAUUACGAAAGGCAAGAGAAGAGGAUUGGGACUUCAUUCUGACUAA